CAAGUAGGGGGGUACUAACAUGAGCUUUAUUCCGCGGUGCACUGUUGUGCAAAGCAGACGUCAAGACAUUUGCUCUGGUUUCCUCAUAGUGAACACACCACAAGAUAAAAAUGAGAUCGAUACCCUCGAGCAACUGGCUUCUGGCGGCGACCGUGGUCACGGUUUUGAUCGUGGUUUGCUCCCUCAAUAUUUCGCCCAGCCAGUUCCCACUCCCGUCACGAAAGAGCCUGGAUGCCUUCAUGGGCUCCGAUGAGUCAUCGGCGUCUUCGUCAUUGUCUGCUUCGUCGCCAUCGCCACCGUCUGAGGAUGGACUUUUCACCAGAAUAAAUGACCUUGAGCAGCAGAUCAGAGUAGCAUACAACUACAUUUUCCUUCUGUAUUGUGCGGCAGAGGGGAGGGUGAUGCCCACAGGCGGGUACUGUCUCAAUGAGCAAGAUAUCCUAAACAAGUGGAAUCCUACUUGGGACGGAAAGAUGUGCAACUCGCUAGAGAAAGUGAUUCAGUACCAUGACGUUUUGGAUUUGGGGGCUGGAAGAGGCCACUAUGGUCGCUGUUUUUUGAGAGUCAAAAACAACAUUAUCAAGACAAAGAAUAAGGCAGAGAUUGAGCGCAUGGACAAAGAGUACGUUCGUGAAAUGGAGAGAGGUGGCCUAACGAAUAAACCCCAGGUGAUCAAGUCUUGGACAGGUUACGACGGCGCCCUGAACAUCGAGGAUAUCUCUGGCGGGUUCAUGCGAUAUGGGGACCUGUCGCAGCCCAUGCACCUGGGCAGGAAAUACGACUGGGUGCUGAGUCUUGAGGUGGCUGAACACGUCCCAAAGAAGUACGAAGCUAAUUUCGUGGAGAAUCUGAUCAGGCAUGCAUGCAAAGGUAUAAUCUUGAGCUGGGCAGUACCAGGUCAGCCCGGCCAUCACCACGUCAAUAACAAGCCAAUGUCAUAUGUCAAGAACCUGUUUGAGUCACGGGGCUUCAUAUCAAACAGUACAGCCCAUAAUAUCUUAAGGCAACAUUCUCGUUUAUGGCAGUACAAACACGCAUUCGUCUUCAUGGUUCCCCCUGAGAGGGCCUGUUAAGAUCUUAAAAAGUUCAUGGUGUUGCUCCUUUUAAAAACGUCAUGCAAUAGUAUACGUCACUGCACUCAUUAACAUUCUUCAGCUCACAAAUUAGUUUUCACUUUGAUCUGUUUUGAGAUUCCUUAAAUAGACAAAACUUGGAGAAAAGAAAAGAUUUUAACCACGAUACUGCGGUUCUCUCUAAGAUGGGUCUCAGUUGGGUAGUACUUAGCAUCACGGGCAUCUUAUGAACAGUCAUGUCCAUUCCGAAACUGUUUGCGUCACCUAGAGUUUGUUUUGGAAUCACUGCACAUAGGUACUAAGCCCCUAUUCGGUCUGUUUGUGUUCAUUUCACUUAUUCUAUUAUGUGUUUCGGAAGCCUGUCACCUUUACCUCGGAAAUCAUAUAUAUCCCCUACCAGAUUUUCCCCCUAGCGAUUUUAUUAAUUAUUAUUAUUAUUAUUAUCGUUUAUUUUAUUCUUGUAUAUUAUUAUUGUUUUUUCUUUUCUUUUUUUUUAUUAUGUUUUUUUUGCCGAGUGGGCAUUCCUGUACAUGUAGUUUUAUGUAAGGCAUCAACGCCCCCGUUCGAGUUCGAGAUUUUCCGUUUUCUACUUGUGAAAUGGGUAUAUUUGCUAGAAAGGUGUGUGUGUGUGUGCGUAUGUAUAUAGUGAAGUGCAGUUGUUUUUUUCUGCUAAACUGAAGAAAUGGAGGAAUGAGUAUUAUUUGUUCAAGCAAGUUGUCAACUAGGUUCAUUCUUGGAACUUACAAUAUGUCUACGCACUCCUAGGUGCCUAUAGGGUUUUAGACUAUAUCAGUCUAUGAAAUUUCUUUGCACUUUCUGUAUCAUUAUAUCAGAGUGAAAUAUUAUGGGCUACGGAGGUAAAUUGCAGCUGCCCUUCAACAUCGACUAAAAUCCAACUUCACACGUUACUUUGGCGCUCUCGCAUCGGGAACGGAAUCUUGAAAUCUCAACUGCUUUUUUUUCUUUUCUUUGUUAUGAAUUCAUUAAUUUAUAAUAAACAGUA